AUGAAUAAUGUGUCGAAUGUCUGCCACGAUGAGCUUUUCGGGCCAGCCGUCGCUACGGAGUCUUGUCGAGGCGGGUUCGACUUCACAGUGCUAUUCGAAGAAAGCGUCCUGUCUAUCCCGCUGUCGGCUGGGUUUCUCCUGAUUGCCCCUAUUCAGGUGGCCCGUAUCUUCAAAGCCGUUUCGGCUGCCAUCGCUACUUCUAUCAAUGUUCAAACUCGUUCGUACUUCUCGGUCACCCUUGUUGUUACACCUUUUUGUAAUCAUCAGCAAGUUCAUGUCAUUAACAUAGGCUGGAAGGUAUCGACUCUCGUGUAUGCCGGACUUAACUUAGCCUUGCUGGUCUUAUGGGCUUCGGGACAUGGAUUCACCACUCGCGCAACCCUGGCCUCAUCCGUGUUAAGUCUCUGUGCCGCUCUCGCCCUCGCUGUCUUGUCCCAAGUUCAACAUGGCAAAAGCCCACGGCCAUCUUUCACAAUCACUGGUUAUCUCACAAUUUCACUACCCCUGAACGGCGCGCGUGUCCGAACCGCCUGGCUCCUGGCAUCGGACAAACAUCUCAUGCCAGCUAUUCUCACCGCUGCUCUAGCCGUCCAGGUUCUGAUUCUCGUCCUAGAGACCAAGAACAAAAGGAAAAUCCUGGCUGGUGCGUAUCACAGCUUCUCACGCGAGGCAACAAGUGGCCUCCUCAGUCGUGGGCUUUUUUGGUGGUUGAGACACUUGCUUUCUGAUGGAUCCCGGCGCAUCUUGGCCGUUGAAGAUCUCGAGUCCAUCAAUGAAAAGCUUAGAUCUUCCAAGCUUUCGAGUGAGCUACAGGUUCGAUGGAUGAAUAAAAACCACAAUCGGCACAAGCACGCCUUAGCUCUGGCUACGCUUUCGGCCUGGCGGUUGGAACUUGCCAAGAUUGCUCUUCCUCGUCUUUUUCUGGUUGCACUUAGCCUUGCACAGCCUUUCCUGAUCCACCAGAUCGUAGAGACUAUAUCGGCUCCUGUCAGUCAGCAAACUUGGAACCAAGGACAUGGUCUGAUCGGUGCUGUGGCUUUAGUCUAUACAGGGAUACCCGUAAUCUCAACUUCCUUCCUCCCGCCCGGGUUGCUGCUAAUCAGAUGUGUGUGUCACAAGAUUGCGACAGGCUUUUAUCAGCACCUUUCCUUUCGACUCAUGGCUAUGGUCAGGGGCGGCCUCAUUUCCCUGAUCUAUGCGAAGAUUGUGCAAUCGCCGUCGACGCAAGUCGGUGACUCUGCUGCGAUGACAUUGAUUGGUACAGACGUCGAACGAAUCUGCGAGACGUGGCAUCUUGUGGUCGCCGAAAGUUGGGCGAGUGUCAUUCAGCUUGCUUUUGCUGUGUGGUUCUUGCAGAUGCAAAUCGGUCCAGUUUGUAUCACUCCAGUCAUUGUUGCAUUAGUGGCGACCGCCAUGUCAGUCAGAGCGGCUGGGUUUGUGACCGCCCGCCAGAAGGUCUGGCUCGAGGCGAUUCAAGCGAGGAUUAACUUUACCGCACAUACCCUAGGCUCGAUGACAAGUGUCAAGAUGCUGGGCCUUAGCAACAAAUUUGAAUCUCUCAUACAGGGCAUGCGUGUUGCUGAACUGGACCUCUCCAAGAGGUUCAGGCGCUUGUCCAGCUUCAAUGUCUGCCUUGUAAACUUACCCUCGCUAUUCUCCCAGUUCUUCACAUUUGCGACCUUUGCAAUCGCCGCCAAAAUUCAGGGUAACAGCUUCGUGACGGUGUCGCAGGCAGUCACAGCCCUGUCCAUUCUCUCCAUUCUCAUGGAGCCUCUAGGCAAGUUGUUAGUGGUGAUUCCUCAGGCAUAUGCUGCCUUGGGUUGCUUUCAGAGAAUCCAGGACUUUCUUGCUAGCGAGUCCUGGGACGACAAACGACUGCCUGAAUGCCCGCUAGGAACAACGAAUCUGGAGAGCCACAAUAAGCCGGACACGAUUCAGACGCCUUUGGACCAUAACCGUGUGGAAAUGAUUCAACGUCCACAAUCAACACCAAAAGAGCCUCUUCCUCGUACGAUCUUCAACUCCGACCAUGUGGUCAUCCAUAAUGCUACCGUUGGCUGGCGAGGUUCCAGCCAUGUAGUCAAAGACAUGUCACUGCGCAUCAGCCAAAAUCAUCAUCUCACAGUCAUUUUGGGACCAGUCGGCUGUGGCAAGUCUACAAUUCUAAAGGCCAUUCUCGGUGAAGCCACCAUAUUCAACGGCUCUGUCUGGAUCAGUAGCAAGGAGCUAGCCUAUUGCGAUCAAAGCCCGUGGGUUUCCAACGGCUCCGUCCGAGAAAACAUUGUCUCGGGAACUGACUUCGACGCUGCUUGGUACAAUACUGUCGUUCACGCUUGCGCUUUACAAGUGGAUCUGCUGCAGUUAUCGGACGGUGACGCGACGAAUGUCGGGAGCAAAGGGGUUUCGCUCAGCGGUGGACAGAAGCAACGCCUGACGUUAGCUCGGGCACUUUAUGCGCGCAAACCUAUCGCUGUCCUUGAUGAUGUACUGAGCGGCCUGGAUGCCGCCACCCACGACAUCGUCACCACGCGUGUCUUCGGAGCUGAUGGACUGAUCCGGAAGCUGGGUAUGGCAGCCAUUUUGGCCACGCAUUCUGUGAGCCUAUGCGCCAUCGCGGACCAAACUAUCAUACUUGACGACCAAGGACAAAUCAUUCAGCGGAGCUCAUCUGAAAACAUGGCUUCUCUUGCGCCACAGCUAGCCGGAGACGUCGGCUCUUCGGCGAGCUCAGGAAAUAGCCCACCUCCCAAAUUUUCAGCUGGUGAAACUCUGGGUUUAAGCACGAGACGAGAUGACAACAGACAGGUGGGAGACUUGUCCAUCUAUCUAUAUUACUUCUCGUCUUUGGGAUGGCUUAGCUUCGCCUUGUUCGGAUUCUUCGUAGCUUCAAACGUGGCAUUCGGCACCUUGCAAUAUGCAUGGAUCACACUGUGGGCCCAAAGCAGCGACGGAUCGCAAGCAUCACGGAUAAGCUACUGGCUUGGGUUGUAUGCACUCUUUGGGGUUUUUACUGCGGCCGGUCUUAUUUCUGCGGUCUACUACAUGUACGUGGUGAUCGUACCUAAGUCUGCACAGUCUCUCCACUUGACUGUGCUUCAGGCAGUUAUACGAGCUCCGAUGUCUUUUCUCGCCAAGACCGACACUGGGGUGUUGGUUAACAGGUAUUUCAUGACUUUCGCAUUCAGUCAAGACAUGCAAUUGGUUGACAUGACCCUACCCGGGGCACUCGUGAAUGCGAGCUUUCAGCUUGCUGCGUGUUUUGCAGUUGCAGCGUUGGCCAUUGUGGCUGUUCCCUACUUCGCAGCUGUCCUGCCCUUCGUCGCCUGCGCUCUCUUCUUCCUCCAACGCUUUUAUCUAAGGACAUCUCGGCAGCUUCGACUACUAGACCUGGAAGCGAAAGCACCUCUCUAUUCUCACGUUCUGGAGUCUCUCCAGGGCAUCGCCACUAUCCGAGCAUAUGGCUGGACGAGCAACCACGUCGCUAAGAAUCUCGCCCUCCUCGACAGGGCCCAGAAGCCUUAUUACUUGCUCCUCUGCAUUCAACGAUGGCUGACUCUUGUAUUGGGACUGACGGUCGCUGGGCUCGCGAUACUGCUCACCGCCCUAGGCGUCACGCUCCGCAGCAGACUGGACGCCGGUUUCCUCGGCGUUGCCCUUGUCAGCAUGAUGAAUCUUGGCCAAUCCUUGGCUGCCCUUAUCACCUUUUGGACCUUGCUUGAGACGUCCUUGGGUGCCAUUUCGCGCGUGAAAACUUUCUCCGAGGAUACCCCGACCGAGAAACCUCGCGAGAUCGUGGAUACAAGAAUUCUCGCUGGCUGGCCGUCUCAAGGAUCGGUGGUCAUUGAGAAUUGGUCGGCUCACUAUAAUGGGUAUAUAUAUCUCACUUUCUACUUUCUGGAGUUUUGUACCCGUCUGAAGCAUCACCCCGUGCUUCGCAACAUCGAUAUUUCGAUUCAGGCCGGGGAGAAAGUUGCCAUAUGCGGCAGGACAGGAAGUGGCAAAUCCUCACUUCUCUUAUCCCUGCUCGGCAUGGUCGACGAGUCUACCGGGAGGAUUGUCUUAGACAAUGUCGAUCUUGCAUUAGUACCUAAAGAUGUCACCCGCCAGAAGCUCACAUGUCUCACACAAGACCCUUUCUUGUUUGGCGGGAGUGUCAGACUGAAUGCAGAUCCGCAUGGUGAGGCUACAGAUAUCGAUAUCAUCUCUGCCCUGCAGAAGGUUGGGCUAUGGGAUAUCUUCCGAUCAAAGGAGAGCACAGAGACCUCUCACCCUCUAGAAUUCUCGAUACUUGAUAUGAAUAUGGAAGAGGACUUCUUGUCCCAAGGGCAAAGAAAGCUUUUCUGUCUCGGCCGUGCGCUUUUGCGCAAGAGCCCGGUCCUAGUUUUGGAUGAGCCGAGCAGCGGUGUUGACGCCAGCACCAAAUCUUACAUAGAAGCCAUCGUCGAGUCGGAGUUCGCGACUAGCACUGUCAUCAUGGCAACGCACAGUCUCGCUGGUGUCCGUAGAUUUGACAAGGUUGCUGUUCUAGAUGGGGGCGUGUUACUUGAGUAUGGUGAGCCAGAUGAGCUAUUGGGGAGGAUUGAUGGGGCAUUCGCGAAGCUCUAUGCUGUGCAGCGUGGAAGACCCGAGACUGCUUCUGCGUAA